GGCGGACUGAGAGGUUUUUCAAGAAGGAUAACAGAAAAUGUGGAAGGCGUGUUGUUGCAGUGAGCCUGCAUGGCCCUGUGGCAGGAGGACGGUCGCCAUCUCUGGGUAAACACUGUAACCGUAUCACGCAGUUGAUAUUGUGUGUGUGUGUGUGUGUGUGUGUGUGUGUGUGGAGUGAAGCCGGAGCGUACAGUAGCAGCAGCAGCAGCAGCAGGCGCGGUGCUAUGCUGCCUGCAACAACCACAGCGGACACACACGACUUCAAUGCAGGACUGACGCUUUGUUUGUCUCCUGCACAUCGGACUGUCACCUCAGAUGCUUGACGCGCUGUGGCCGCUUCUUCUCACUGACAUUUCGCCUCUUGUUUGUGAGCUCCGGGGAAUGGGACUGCAUGCUUCGAAUAAAAUGGGAUUUUAAUGCUGCACACAGCGGACGCUCUAGCCCGUGCACAGCCAGGGGACUGUAGUACGCUUGGUAAUGUUUGCCAAGGAAUAAAACGGUGUAGCCGAAGGUGCAUAACAUCUCGUUUCCAUGGACAACACGUCCAUAAUAACACAGGUUGCAAAUCCGAAAGAGGAGGAGAGCAUUUCUUCAAGUCAAGACAAAGUCUCCCAGUCCAACAGCAGCCUAAAGAAGCACCGGAGCCGGAGCAUUUUCAGCCCCUUCUUCUGCUGCUUCCGCAACUACAAUGACUACCACGUGGAGCCACCGCCUUCCAACAACAAGGCACUUUCUCUGCCCCCGCCGCCAGAGGAGAAUGGCAGUCCUCCUAAGUGUGACCAGGUCCAGGUCAUCCCCAUCCCCAGUCCUCCAGCCAAGUUCCUCCUGCCAGAGGUCAGUAUAGCAGACUACGGCAAGAACUGUGUGGUGAUCGACCUGGACGAAACCCUCGUACACAGCUCCUUCAAGCCCAUCAGCAACGCGGAUUUCAUUGUUCCAGUGGAGAUUGAUGGUACUGUUCAUCAGGUGUACGUGCUGAAGAGGCCCCACGUGGACAAGUUCCUCCAGAAGAUGGGGGAGCUCUUUGAAUGUGUCCUCUUCACAGCAAGCUUAGCCAAGUACGCUGACCCUGUGGCAGACCUGCUGGACCAGUGGGGGGUGUUUCGCGCCCGGCUCUUCAGGGAAUCCUGUGUUUUCCACAGAGGAAACUACGUCAAAGACCUCAGCCGGCUGGGCCGAGAGCUCAGUAAAGUCAUCAUCGUAGACAACUCACCUGCCUCCUACAUCUUCCACCCAGAGAACGCAGUCCCAGUGCAGUCCUGGUUUGACGACUUGACUGACACAGAGCUGCUGGAUCUGAUUCCUCUGUUCGAGGGUCUCAGUAAGGAGGAGGACGUUUACAGUCUGUUACAGAGCCUGAGGAACAGGUAGCAGAUGGCAGCUCCAGCUGGUCCUCCCUGUUCCGGCCCCGCUGCACAGAGGCCUCACCUCGCUGCCACGGCCCUGCAGCCCGGCUCCCGUCCUCCGACCCCAAGCUGAGGACUUCAGGCAGUUGUUCCGGUCAUAAAGAAAUCUAGAGACAACUGUACACAUUCUUACCAUCUCUGCAUUCUUGGACUCUUUGUACAGAACUCCUACUGACAAAAGAUUAUAUUACUGUAUGUACAUACUAUAUGUUUCUAAGAGCAAGACAUACAUAAAGUAAUUUUUCUAUCAGAGAUAGGAGGUUUUACUAUUCUAUCAAGUAAUAUUUUAAUUACCGAAAAUAAUCAAAUAGACAGAAGAGUUUUUUGUUUCUUUUUCAACAAUGGGUGACCUUUUGUGUGUGUGUUGAGCUGUGCUAUGCAGGCUGUCGUUUCUCGUCGGACAUUUUGUUCAAACAACUGUGAUUUAUCUUCUCUUACAGAAUGAAGUGCCUUCAUUACUGUGCUGUUUUUGUUGUGUCGGGUUAUGGGGUGCACAUUUUUAUGCUGCAUAUUUACUCAAAUCUCCAAAAGCGUAUAAACUAAAUUCUUUAAUUGAAGUUGGAAAUAAGUCUUGAUUGUCAUUUAAUCUGAGAAAACAGAAAAGAGUAAGUUCUAGAAAUGUAUCCACCUAGCCUGUUAGAUCAGGAUGAUUCUUUGCUUUUGAGUUUAGUGACGUUGAAUUGUUGAAUUUACCAAAGAUUUUUACAAUUCAAUGUGAUUUGUGGCUGAAUGACGUCAUUUGAUCCUUGACAGUGACUGUAAAUUGAUAAUCCUUAAAGACAUUGAAACACUUUAUUAUUGAAAAAAAGAAACCUUUGUGAUGACAUCGCCACCAAUAAAUGUUAAACUUUUGAGGAAAAUAUAAUAAUUAGCUUAGAUUACAUGAAAUUCUAUUUAUUGGGGAAAAGUGGGUUGGGUGCAUUGUAAAGACUGCUGUUGAAAUCGUACUGUACAACAUUAUUAAAGUUGCAAGUUUGCACACUGUCA